AAGGAAGAGUCAAGAAAGAAAAAAGAGGGAAGAAAAAAGAGAUUUUUGCCAACGACACUCUCGGUUUCUUCAUCUCUUCUUUUAUCACAAUUCUCCUCCUUCUACUCUCACACCCAUCGGCGUCCCCCCAAAUCUGAACGUCUCUUAACCGUCGCCGGCCUCCAUCUCUCUCUCCCUCUCUCUCUCUCUGUUACCGUCAUCUGGUGGCCUCGCCACGCUCAAUAAGCCUUCACUUCUGGCUGGGCUUCACAGCAGCUACUAGGCGACGGCCACAUCACUAUAUGCAGGACCAGCCAAUGUUUUAUUUCUCCCAACGAGUUCUUGCAAUCAUCAUUGUGAAUUUCGUAUGCCUUUGAUAUCUUCCCUGUGCCUGGAACACCGCGAUUCAUGUAGUGUGGGAGUACAUGAUAGUCCAGAGGAUAUAAUCACCAUGAGAUGAAAAUGAAAGGGAAGUGUAGACUAUGGUGGCCCAAGCAGCAUUCACCAUGUAAACAGUCCUCGUCCUGUCUCUUGUUUGGAUGGUUUAUACCUUCUUCAGAUUCCCUUGACGUUGUUGUGGCAUUCACUUGUACGGAUGUUUCACUAUCUCAACUCCAAUGUGAUAUCAAGGAAAUUAUCAAUGAUACAGACAGCAACAUGCCUGCAAUUUUGCAGGAUAAGUCAGUGUUUUCUCUACUCGGACAAUGUGUUCCAAAACUUGGUGGUGAUGAAGUUCUUUCAAGCAGCCGAAUUAAUGUAUUGAAUGGAGAAAAAACUUCUUGUUAUCACUAUGAACACGGGAGGAAUAGUGAGGUUAAUACUACAGAUGGCUGUGGAAGAUUUGCCCCUCAAUUCUAUUAUUUAGGUGGGGUGUCAGAGCAAUGUAGACAAGUCUAUAGUAGAAACAGUAAUUGGCUAUUCUUGGAAUAUGAUUCUGAUAAGAAAUAUGAAAACGCAGAAGUAUUUUGGAUUCCUAAUUUGGACUACCUUUGUUGGAAUGGGCAGAAAGUGUCUAAUUGUGAUGUUCACGUAAUACUUUAUGAUUCUCCUGUAUAUAACUGCCAUCAUUUCUCUUUGCUACCUUCAAGUUCAAGCAAGCAGGAAAGUUCAUCUUUCAAGAAACCAAACUGGGUUGAUGUACUUAAGCAAAAGGAACUAAGCUUUGACUUGGAUACAGUCAUUUUGGCUAUCAACUGUGCCGCAGCUGCUAAAAGACCACUUGAAAGACAUUUGCAUACCAAAAGAUCUCCACAGAUUUCCAUUGUUGACAGGUUCUAUUCAUUCAUGUGGAGUCUUCUGGCUAUGUCUAUUGCUUCACUUUCUACUCUCUUCUAUAUGACUUUUCAGUUUUCUUAUAAACUUCAUCGUAUUGGAUCACAAUUGUGGAUGUCUAAUGUAGUUUCAAGAAUGUUCAUGACCACAUGCAUAAAUGUUCGUAUUCGGUGUUGUCAAAUUUUGUAUUGGCCAAUUAUGCUUCAAGAGCGUGGCAUGAGGUCCCUAUCAAAUGUUGAAUUUGCCGAGAAAUUUGCUUUACAGAAGCAUUCGAUGUGGACAAGCAUAGCUGCUGACGUGUUACUGGGAAAUGUGUUCGGUGUGGCAUUAUUAUGUUAUGCAGAUUUUACUUGCUCGUUGAUUUCAAACCUCGCUAGGGAGAUCACAAAUCACAUUCUGCGUUCAGGUUGUGUGUGGUUGAUGGGAGUGCCUGCAGGUUUCAAAUUAAACAUAGAAUUGGCUGGAGUUCUUGGCAUUAUAUCUCUUAAUGCAAUCCAAAUUUGGUCUACACUUUGGUUCUUCUUUGGUUUUAUAUUUAUUUAUGUCAUUAAAGCGCUUGCUAUAUUGGGGAUUCUUUUUGGAGCGACCUUGCCUGCUGGAUUGACCUCAGAUCUGAUAUCGAUAGCAACAUGCCAUGUGUCGACCCUUCAUUGGUUUAUCUCCCUUAUAUAUUCAUCACAGAUACAGGCAUUAGCAGCCUUAUGGCGCAUUUUUAGGGGUCAAAAACAGAAUCCUCUUCGGAAUAGAAUAGACAGUUAUGACUACAUUGUGAAGCAACAUAUUGUUGGAUCGCUUAUUUUUACACCACUAUUACUUCUUUUACCCACUACUUCAGUCUUCUACGUUUUCUUUUCCAUUCUGAAUCAAUCCAUCAGCUUCAUCAAAUUGCUAAUUGAAGUUAUAAUUUCUGCUAUUCAUGCUACACCCUUUACCAAAAUUUUUCUUUGGUUGGUGAAGCGGAAAACUUUUCCUUCUGGGAUAUGGUUCGAAAUCAUUUCUUGCCACAUUAAUUCCAUGGGUCGUCUGGACAGAAACUCUUCUGAAAACUUGGAUUUACCAACCAAGAUCUUGGACCCUAGUGGGGAGAUGACCAUGAGGCAAUCUUCAGUUUUGGUUUCAUGUCUUCACAGCAAUUUAAUGGGCAUAGGAGAGCUGGUCCUGCCUCACUACGUAAAUAUUUUCUCUGGAUUCUCUCGGUCAAUACUUGCUUCUACUUUUCAUGGAGUCCUGACUGGAAAAAGAACUACAUCGAUGACAUUGAAGCUUGGCCUUCCUUCACCGAUGCCAUGGAUGUGUGUACCUUACAGAGAGUAUUGGCAUCUCUGCUACAAUUCGAUUCUUACAUGCAGGCAGCUAAGAUCCUGUACUUCUUGAUUUGAUGUGGUGUUAAUUCUUAGUUUCAAGAGUUUCUUUUACUCUGAGCAAGAGUUUAGCAUUUGUUGAAGUUGAAUCUUGGAGUGAGCUCAGCUUUCUCCAUGUAAUGCCUUCGAGGUAAUCUUUGGGUUGCUGACAUGAACAAAAGUUUUGGUCAUAUAGGAGUUGUAGAUUCCUGUUCAGUUGGAAGUAUAUUUGGAAAUUUAUUUACCCUAGUAGUUUUAGGGGUGUCCAUUCAUCUCAUGGAUUUGAAGAAUUUUUUAGGUAGCUAGAUUUGUAGAUUGUAUUGGAAUUAAAUAGAUAAAUGAGGUUGAAAGUCUAAAUUUGUAUGGUUUGAGUAUGAGUUGUUACGGAAUUUCAUGUAUUUCUAAAAAGUAUUAUUCCAUUAUAGACGAAAAGUAGAAGUAGAGCGAAGGAAGGGAGGGGGAGCGUUACUUGCUCGUUUUAUAUUAAAAUAUUAUGAUAAUAAAUUCAAAA